AUGAGAGCUGCGGUACUUUUUUCCGCAUUCUCUCUUAUAGAGGCAGACUCUUGCGUAGCAUGUAGUUCUAGAAGAAUGAAUUUCACUGAAUGGGAUGCCUUGAAAUCUACAGAUUGCUGGGAUGAUGAGAAAGCACUACAAAAUUCACUUGACGGUAAACCAAACUCAGUGGAACCAUGCAGGAAAUCAGAAAUAUCAGACCACCGACGCUGUGCUACUGAAAUCAGAAACUGGUGGACUCCUGAAGGCAAUCAGAGGGUGAGCGUCAUCAGAGGAUGCAAACGAAUUCCCGCGGAUUUAGACGAUGUUGACCAAGACGGUUGUGUUAAUGAAAUCGAUACUACUGGAGCUCAUAUCAGAACUUGUUAUGCACUUGGUAGACAGCCAGAUGACGGAGAGGAAUUAAGAGAGGUUCCAAUCCAGAAUGUUUUGGACUUGCUUGAAGAAGAAAACUUGAAGAACGUUAAGUGCCAUGUUUGCGAAGGAUACACAGCCUCUGAAGAUGGAUCCUACGAAGAGUGCAGAGAUGACACUGAUCAAGAAGAGGGAGAAUGCCCGGAGUGGGCAAGCAUGGGAUGUUUCCGUGUUAACAACCAAGCGCUUCAUGAAAUCAAUGGAAAUGAAAAGCGAUCUGUAUUGCGCGGUUGUUCCGCUUUCUCUCUCGAUCAAACAAACUGCAACGAGUACGUCGAGGGUAUUUUCGAAUUGGGAGAGUCGUGCAAGGACACUUGCCCAGGAAACGAAGGACAAGAAUUUUGCAAUGUAGGUGAAGUACAGCCCCUGAAUAAGUGUUACGUCUGUGAUUACGAGUGGGACUCACUUGGAACAGUGAGAAAUGGCGAUGUUAGAUGUAGAUACCCUGCUACUGCUGGUGCUUUCGAACUUCAAGAGUGCCCCGACUCUGCUCCAAGCUGUGCUACUGAAAUGAAAGUUCUUUGGAAUCGCGAUGGCAAUCAAAUCAAUACUAUUUCACGAUUCUGCACCGGCGAUAAAGCACCGGAAGAUGAGACUCCUGAGAAUAACUGCCAAUCGUCAAAAGAUCUUGUCAGUCAGGAAUCCACGAAAUCCUGUAAAACCACCUGCUAUGAGCUUGGAUGCAACGACAAAAAUGACAUCUAUAAACUCUUCUCAGUGAGAAACGAUACGAUCAGUUGUAACUCGUGUUACUACGAUGAAAACAGGCCAGAGAGCAACAAUCAAGACUGUGCGUCGGAAAAUGGAGGUGAGCAAACAGAGUGUGAGCCGUUUGAAGAUAGUGGCUGCUUUUCUGCUGGAAACUGGUUAACCAAGGAAAACACUGAUGGAGCGAUAGGAGAAUUCUUCCGCGGUUGCAGCUCAUUCAACUUUAAUGAGGCCGUCAAGGGAUGCCAUGAAGAAGUUAUCGUAACCGGAAGCGGAAGUCGACAACUGAACACUUACUGCCGUGAUCACUGCGAAACUGGAGAUUGCAACACUGAGCCAAUCGAGAAUCCUGGAAUUCUCGGCGGUAUCAAAUGUACAACAUGCAGUGCAGCCAUGAACAACAGAGGGGAAAUGAUCAGUGGCUCUGAGAAAUGUUUUUCAUCAAAGGCUGAAGAUAUCGAGCAAUUUUCGCUUAAUUGUGACGCUCCAGAAGGCAUGGUGGCUUUCUGUGGAAAUGAAAUGGACGGUGAUUGGUUUUACACAGGGCAACAGAUAUUCCUUGUCGGCCGUGGCUGUCGAUACUUUCCAGAAGGGUCGAACGGAUAUGGUCGAUGUGAAGAAUAUAACGCAAAUGGAUAUGAGAUUAGACAGUGUUCGGAAGCGAAACGAGGUUCAACUGAAAACGUAGCAAACGCUGAUUUGAGCUUUUUGCUAAGCAACUUCGAAUCAGGAGAAGAGCUUUCUUGCUAUCACUGUGCAGAAAACCUGGGUAGUGACAACCCCGAACUCUGUGAAAACGGUGGAGAGGUUAACACAAAAUGUCCUUCUUGGGCCUCAACGAGUUGUUCCGACAGUAGAAUCACCGGAUUUUCCGCUGAAACUGGCGCUGGCUACCACAAAGGUUGCUCAACUUUUGAUAAGUUUGAUGAGCCCGUCUGUGAUAUCGCAAAUACUGACUAUGAAAUUUGCAGAAAAACUUGCAAAGGAAAUAACUGUAACUCGAAGCCGAUUCCUCCUCCACCCCAGUGCCAUGUAUGCACCUACGAAUUCGAUGACUUUGGACAUUCUAUUGGCAAUCCAAACUGUUUCAAUGAGACCACUUUGACUUCGGAUACUAUUCAAACUUGCGCUGAAGGUGAAACCGUCUGCGUUACGGAACUGCAGUCCGAAUGGCGAUUCGGAGGGGAGCAGAGACAUAUCAUCCGACGAUAUUGCGCCAAAGAAAGUGCUCUAGGCGAGCCUUACUGUCUUGAGCACAAUGGUGGUGAGGAGUCUUACAAGGAUUGCUACUCAACGUGCAGUAACGACGUUGAAAAUGCUGGUAGUAUCGCUUGCAACAACAAUAACGAUGACGUCUACUCUCUCUUCAAGCCACAAGGCAAUGACCCAAUUGUUACAAGCUGCAAGUCCUGCUUCUACUCUGAAAUCCCGAACGGUGAAGAUGGAGUAAUUCGAUGCAAAAAUCAACCUGGCGAUCAGGACAAAGUCAAUUGUCUCCCAUUCCAACAAGCUGGCUGCUACGUUUCAAACUCCUGGAGAAACACUGACGGGCAAGAGUACCAGGAAGUUUACAGGGGGUGCUCCGCUUUCCCAGAAAGUCUAGUCGAUAAGGGAUGUUACGAGAGUAGUGGACCAAACGGUGCUAUCGAAGUUUGCAAAUCCUGGUGUGGGAAGAAUCAAUGCAAUGUAGAUCAAGCCGAUGAGCUCACCUCGACCACAACUACCCCUACCACAACAACGACGACAACUCCUACUACAACAACUCCUUCUACCACGGCCUCUACUUCUACACCUGUUGAAACGACAACCACGACCACAACCCCAGACGAAACUACGAGUGCUGCAGUUACAAACUUUCUUGCCUCAUUGCUUCUCGCUACUUUAUGUUUUCUUUAG